AUGGAAGAUACAUCUGUUACAAGAUCAGAAGAUAUUUUGUCCGGUUUUCAAGUUAAUUGGAUGAAUUUACGAGAUGUAGAUACAGGAAAGAUAUUAUGGCAAGGAAAUGAAGAUUUGUCUAUACCUGAUGUGGAACAUGAAGCUAGGGUUCCGAAAAAGAUUUUGAAAUGUCGUGCAGUUUCAAGAGAAAUAAAUUUUUCAUCUGUAGAGCAAAUGAAAAAAUUUCGUUUAGAGCAAAAAAUAUUGUUUAAGAAUAGGUGUUUAGAAGAAUGGUUUUUCGAAUUUGGUUUUGUUAUACCUAAUUCGACGAAUACAUGGCAAAGUCUUAUCGAAGCAGCUCCUGAAUCACAAAUGAUGCCUGCUAAUGUUUUAAAUGGAAAUGUCGUUAUUGAAACCAAAUUUUUCGAUGAUGAAUUGUUAGUGUGCACAUCGAGAGUGAGAUUGUAUUAUGUCUGA